AUGCAUGCGAUCGGUGCAGUCACAUCCUCGUAUCAUCAAUACCUGAAGUUUAUUACCCCUGAAGGGGUCGUGAAGGUUAGAAGCGACCAUAUGGCCGCCCACAAGUGUCACGAGAAUGCUAUGGAUGAAUACAGAAAAUCAGAAGUUAGCGGGAACCAGAUCCUGCGAGUCGAACAAAAAUUGCAAUUACAGAAUCCUCUCCGUCGAGAAUCAUAUAUGGGAGAGGACGCGGCUGAACCCCCAACGGUUGAGAAACUGAUUGAGGUCCAGAUUGGGGAUGAGAAGCACAAAACCAUGUUCAUAGGGGCAGACCUACCCGCGCACGAACGCGAUGGUUUGAUUACAUUGCUAAGGGUGAACGCUGACGUUUUCGCAUGGAGUUUUGCUGAAAUGCCUGGGAUAGAUCCGUACGUAGCCUGCCACAGGCUAAAUAUCGAUGACAAGUUCCAUCCAGUUCGUCAGAAAAUUAGGAAUAUGGCACAAAGCAAAAAAUAUAUGGAGUUGCUGCAGAAAUUGAGAAGUUGUUGGAAGCAGGCUUUAUACGACCGGCUAAAUAACGCAGGGGAGACCUAUCAACAUUUGGUAGAUCAUAUGUUCAAAGAUUUGAUUGGGAAGACGAUGGAAGUAUAUAUCGACGAUAUGGUAGUGAAAUCUAAGCAAAAAGAGUCUCACUUUCUCGAUCUACAGAAGACGUUCGAUAUCUUGAAGAGACACCGUAUGAAGCUCAAUCCAUCAAAAUGUUCAUUCGGGUUAUCCUCGGGAAAGUUCCUUGGGUACUUGAUGACGCACAGAGGUAUCGAGGAGAAUCCGGAGCAAAUCAUAGCCAUCAGAGAGAUGCCAUCCCCAAGAAAAAAUAAGGAGGUCCAGAAACUAGCAGGACAAUUAGCAGAUUUAAAUCGUUUCAUUUCACGCUCGUCAGAUCGAUUCAAACCAUUCUUUGUCGUUUUGAAGAAAGCGGUGAAUUUUGGUUGGACAGAUGAUUGCAAAAGAGCUUUUAAUAAAAUCAAACAAUAUUUGUCAACCCCUCCGGUAUUGGUGAGUCAAAAGACUGGGAAACCUAUCAGAGUUUAUCUGGCUACAACGGAACACGAUGUAAGCUCAGUGCUGUUUGCUACUGAUCCACAUGAAAAGCCUGUUUACUUCGUCAGUAAAUUUUUGACAGCGGCGGAAACACGCCGACUAGCCAUAUGGUCGAAUUUUCUGGGGGCGUAUGAAAUCAAGUACGAAACCAGAACGACAGAGAAGGGACACGCUCCAGCUGCACUGUUAGCAGAUUUCCCUGUAGACGACAUAGAAACAGUUACCGAAGAAGAAAAGUUGUUGAACAAACCCAUAGAGUCAACCACUAAUCAUACUGGAGGCGAGUCCGCAAUGGAGAUUAGUACACCUGAGCCACUAUGGACUGUGUUUACUGAUGGGUCAUCAAAUUUUGGUGGAGCCGGGGUUGGAUGUGUCAUCCUUACUCCCGAAGGUUCAAUGAUCGAGAAAGCGACUAGAUUAGGCUUUCGAGCAUCAAACAAUGAAGCUGAAUAUGAAUCAUCAAUUACCGGUUUAAAAGCUGUCAAACAGUUAGAAGCGAAGAACGUGAAGCUGGUAACUGAUUCUAUGCUAGUAGUUAACAAGUUUCUGGGGACCUACAGAGCCAAUGAAGAGAGGAUGGCCCUAUAUUUAGAUCAUAUGAGAGAGCUGGUAAAUGAAUUCGACCAAUUCUCUAUUGGGAAGAGACAACGGUUGGAAAACAGGCACGCAGAUGCUUUAGCAUAUCUGUCUUCCGCAGUCGAAAAUGAUAUCACUCAUUUCGUUGUAGUAGAUUUCCAAGAGUUACCUAGCAUCUCCGACAACCACUUUGUUCUGUCUCUCGGACACGCUACUGUGGGCGAGAGGGUAACUACUUCAGCACAAGAACAUGUCAAAAACGUUGACAGCAAUAUAGAUGUUGACAGUCCAGUGAUAGACGAUUCAGGCAAUCCUGCUGAAAACGCUUCAGACUGGCGUCAACCUUAUAUUCGGUAUUUGACAACCAGUGAACUUCCAGAAGAUGAGAAACUCGCUUCAAAAGUGAAAAAGAAUGCAUGGAGAUAUUCAAUGAUCGAGGGACAGUUAUACCGCAAACAUGUAGCUUUGGAGCCAUUCUUGCGAUGCAUAUUAGCCGAGGAAGGACAACAGAUAUUGGCAGAGGCUCAUGAAGGAAUAUGUGGCAACCAUUCUGGAGGGCGCAGUCUCGCGCACAUGUGGGGACUAGACAUCGUCGGACCACUCCCCCGAGCUCCUGGAGGAGUGAAAUAUGUACUCGCCGCAACUGAUUAUUUUACAAAAUGGGUUGAGGCAGCGGCAUUGGUAUAUGUUACUAGAUACGACGUAAAAAGGUUCAUAUGGGAGAGCAUCGUCUGCAGAUUUGGAAUCCCACACGAGCUGGUGUCAGACAAUGAAAAGAAAUUCGAUUCCGGAGUGAUCAAAGAAUUCUGCGAGAACCUGAACAUUCGCCAUAACUUUUCUGCUCCAUAUUAUGCUCAAAGCAAUAGGCAGGCGGAAGCAACAAACAGUAUUAUUAUGGACAAUCUCAAGAAAAGGCUAGAAAAGGCGAAGGGAAAGUGGACAGAGGAGUUCCCUGGAGUCUUAUGGUCUUACCGGACAACCCCAAAAAUAUCCAUUGGAUUCUCCCCAUUCACAUUGGCUUAUGGAACAGAGGCAGUCAUACCCACCGAGGUACAUCUUAAGACUACCAAGACUCGUGCUGUCAAAUCUGGAAGCAACAACAACAUAAUGGCUUUAGAUAAAGAGUUGUUGGAAGAACAAAGAGAAACAACCUUACAGCAGUUGGUUCGAUACCAGCAGGAAAUCAAGUUGAGCUAUGAUCGUAAAGUCAGAGAACGAUCAUUCAAACCAGGGGAAUAUGUCUUGAAGAAAAUCCGAGCAACCACAAUGGAACCAAACUGUGGAAAGCUCGGAGAAAACUGGGAAGGUCCAUACAUAGUGGACAUGCCAGCAUCUCGUGGCUCCUACUACCUAAGGAACCUCGAUGGUACUCAAGAUUCAAAACCAAGGAAGCCAUGA